GAGGUCGGCUGACGGUGAGACUUUUGCUUCAACAAACGCAAUAUAUCGAAAAGAUUGUACGAAGUCCUGCUCUCUGUUCGACGAGGUUCGAAUGUAAAAUGCCUUAUGCUGGAAAGCAGCAGCUAUUUUCGAGUUCAAUAUUCGAAGGGUUUUGAAAGAAGGGUUUACGGCUUACAAUCAUCUCAGACCCAGCUUUAUUUAUUUCACCCGUGAUUGCGUUGGGAGGCUGUAAAAAAUUGGUCUGCAAUUAUAUUCAUUUUAAGUUCAAAUUAGUGAUUCAACUAUCGACAACAAAUGAAAGUUUCAUACAGUCAUUGAUCAGCAUCGAGAUAACUCAAUUUUCUUAGGGUUUGAUGGAACCAUUAAUAGAUCAACAGUUUCAAAAGAAGAAGAAGAAGAAAACUAGAGAGUUGAUGGGGGAAAAUGGUUCAGCUAGUGAUAACAAUUGCCCAACUGAAGAAAUUCUAGAUGUUUUUGAAACGCAGCCGAGGGACAAUAGUGAAGAUAUGACAGAGAGAAAGAAUAAAAAGAGAAAGAGAAAAGAUCUGAGAACUGAAAAUAGCGUAAAUAAGAAAAUGACAGAGGAAAAUAGUGGUGUAGGAUUUAGGGAGGUUUAUGAAAUGCUGGACAGUUGCAGCCAGGAGAGCAAGAAAGGAAGGAAGAAAGCAAAUAAAUAUUUGGCGGCAGAAAAUGGGUUAGAUAAGGAGUUGAAAGAGGCAGGAAUAACCACGAAAAAGAGGAAACACAAAGAUUUAGAAGCUGUAGAUAGUUUAGAAAAGGAAUUAGAAGAGGAAAAUAAUUGUGCAGCCUUCAAAAGGACUGCUGAAACACAGGACAGUCGUAGUUUUGAAAAUGCUGAGGGCGGCAAGAAGAAAAAGAAAAGAGAUGUGAAAUUUGAGGAUUCUAACGAAAAUGGAUAUGAAGAGAUUCCUCGGAGAAAAGAGAAGAAGAAGAAGAAUGAUGCCGGCAUUCAGACUGAAGAACUGUCAAAAAAAAACUCUCAGACAAGAGAAAGCAAGGGUUUGUUAUAUGACGAAAUUGAUGAGAGACCUUUGAGAUAUCAUGGAGGUGAGAAAGAUCAGUUUAAUGGCAAUUCCGGGGAAGAGAACCCCUCAGAAUAUAUUAGCGUUAAAAAUGAUUUUUUAAGAAAGAAUAGCAUCAAGAAUGAGGGAUCAAAAUCCAAUGGUGGUAAAAAGGCAGGAGCUAUAGACGAAUCCGUUGGAAGCCAGUCCAUCAGAGGAAAUGAAAUUACAGAGAAAGAGAAAAAAAAGAAGAAAAAUAAAGGGUUGAGCCAAGAAAAAAGCGAGGAAGAAGUGAGGAAUUCAAUGGGGGAAAUUGAAGAGAGCACUGACAAAACUAUGGGCGUUGACAAAAGUAUGAGUAUCGAUGGACUGGCCUCGAAAGAGAAGUUUAAGAAGAAGAAGAAGAAGAAGAAGAAUAGAGUUAAUGGUGAAGAAAAUUUAGACGAACUUGAGAUUUUUGAAAAAAGUAGUAUUGGAAGGACAGAAGUAGAGAGAUCCGCCAAGAGGAAGAAGAACAGAGCCGAGGGAGGGCGAGUUGAAGUCAAACGUCGGGAGAAUACCAGUAAUAAGGACAAUUUGUUGCACGAGAAUGUACACAAGGAAAAAAGAAUUUACAAUGUAGCUGCAGAAGAGGCAGAAAAUCCAGAGCGUCUUGCCGACGGUAGGAGCAAGAAAAAGAGGAAAAAUAAACAAACAGAAAGAGUUAUAGUUUCUGGCGAUGAUGAUAACCAUUGGGGUACUGGGGAUGCCAAUAAUUCUCGAAAAGAUGCUGAUAAAUCUUCAACAGAUGACAGAUCGUUAUACAAAAAGCAAAAGAAGGUGACAUUCUCCAGUCAAGUGCAAGUAUGUGACACAGAGGAAAUGAUGGACAAAGAAGACAGCGAAGAUCCUGGGUUUCCUGGAGAAAUAUCUGAUAAGCAAGAUCAAAUAGUUUGGGGAAAGCGGUAUAGUCCUGAAGAAGAUCAAGCAAUACGGGAUGCUAUAUCCAAAUACAUCAAGGAACAUGGCCUUGCCGAAGCUGAAGGGUUACAAAUGAUUUUAAAUUGCAAGAAACAUACAGAAGUUCGCAAUUGUUGGAAGGAAAUUGCGGCUGCUCUACCUUGGAGACCUUUUAAGAGUGUUUAUGUUCGAGGUCAUAUACUAUAUGAAAGGUCAAAUGAACGCUGUUGGACACAAGAUGAAAUUGAAGGGCUUAGAAGGUUACACGAUGAACAUGGGAAAAAAUGGAAUAAAAUAGCACAGGUUCUUGGGAAGUGCAGAUACCAUGUGAAAGAUAAAUGGCGUGCCAUAAGAAGAGGAGUGAUGAAGCAAGGGGCUUUGUCUCAAGAUGAGUAUCAAAGGCUAUCUGAUUUGGUGCAUUAUAAUUUGCAACUUAAGCUAUCAGAAAAGGAGCAAGAGUGUACACACAGACGGCACCGAGAUAACAUCAAUUGGGAAGCAAUUGCUGAUAAGAUGGGAACUCGAGAUCAUGUAUUUUGCUGCAAAAAAUGGUAUGGUAGUUUUGUAUCUUCACUGAUAGAGGCUGGCCUAUGGGAGAGUGGGGAUGACAAAGUUUUGUUGAGAAGGUUGUUGGAGACAAAUGCAUCUAAUGAAGAAGCUGUUGACUGGGAUGAUCUUGUGAAGGGCAGGUCUGGUGAGAUUUGCAAGAAGCGUUGGAAGCAGAUGGUAAGACAAUUGGGGGAGCCUCGCAACAAGCAAUUAUUUGAAAAGAUUGAUUUGCUAGUAAGGCGAUAUGCACCUGAACUGAUGGAGUAGAAGGCAUUGAACUGUCAGGUGGAAAGACAGGCAGUAAAUUAUUGUUGCACAUAUUACAGAUGAUGCAAGUGUCAUUACAUUUGAAAUUUGAGAUGGAGAGACCUUACAGGUACCAAACUAAUCUUGGAUGUCUUUUACACAAGGCUUCAGCUCCUCCAGACAUUUAAGUUCUGUUGGUAAUAAGCUGCGGAAGUAGGAUAUAGGAAAUAUGAAAUUCAGUGUAGUGGAUUGGACUUUACAGUAGUGGACAUAGUAUCUGUGCAAAAUAGUAUAUAUUUUAUAUCAAUGUCUUUCAUAUCGAGUAAUAGAAGGAUAUGUAAGUCCUUUAACUGGAACAAUUGAGCUUUUGCAAUCAUUAAUGGCUUAAGAUAUGUUAAUUGUGUCGAUCA